AUGGCCUCCACUCAAAGUACAAGCUUCGAAAGAUCUCUGGAACAGUUCCGACGGGAACUUUCUGACACCGAGAUGAAAGAAAUUGGAGGCGCAAAUCAGAAGUCUUUAGAGACAACAAUUCAAAAGAUACAAAGCAAACUCGGCCGCGAACAUGGUCUUUGCAAAUUGACUAGGGUCGAGGCGCUCGUCCGCGCAAUGAAGAAUAUUGAAGAGCUAGUCACAAUUUUCCUCAAUGUUAGUGAGGUUGUUGCAUUCAUCUGGGGUCCGAUCAAACUUGCUCUUAUGGUUGCAACAACAUGGGGAGAUUCUGUCAGGCAGCUUAUCGAUGUUUAUGAAGAAAUAGCUGAGGCAUUUGGUAACCUCGUCUUUUUCCGAAAGCUUCUACAAAGCAGAGAGCAUCUGCGACUGGUUCUGGAGGAUUACUUCUCCGACAUUCUCCGUUUCCAUCGUUGUGUGCUGGACGUCUUUUCUCCACCUGAUGGAAAACGGUUGUUCAAAUGGGCCUGGGUUACCUUCCGGCGACGAGUGAAGCCAAUUGUCGCAAGCCUUAGACGACGCCAUGACAUGCUAUCAGAUGACAAGCUACAAUCUCAUGCGAUAUUGAAAGAGGUUGAAAAUUUUGAAUCCUCUGCUAAGGACCAAUUCAAGAAUCUCCAGGCUGGCUUAGAAGAUAUCAGAGCUUCUCUAGCAUCUGAUGAACUUAGAAGCAAAACAUUGCAGGAUCAGGAGAUGCGGGCAGAUCUACAGAGGAAGCUAGACGUCCCACAAUCUCGAGCUGACCUGCAAUUGGAAUCUCCGGAGUACAAACUCGAGUAUUCUGGAAAUUGGGUAUUUUCGCAUCCCGACUACUAUUUCUGGGAAACCAACAGUACGCCGGAGGGCAGUGUUCUCUUUCUGAACGGUUCUCCAGGAUCUGGAAAAUCGACUUUGGCAAGGACGAUCAUUCGCCGACUCAGGGAGAAGCGAGUUUCAGACUUGCUGGCGUAUUUUUUCUUCAAACACGACGACGCUGGUAGAAGAUCUAUGGAAUCAAUGCUCCGUCAUAUCACGAUGCAAUUGGUUAACAGUGAUGAAACCAUCAUGAGACUAGCACACGACAAAUGUUCCGCUACUGAUUCUGUUGAGCUUUCGACUCUGAAAACAAUGGCUAAGGAUAGUAUCACCUCUCAGAGGAGCGCGAUUCUUGUUAUUGAUGGUUUGGACGAAGCAUCAGACAAUGAGCCCGAGAAGUCCCUGAAGUGGUGCUUGGAUGAACUUCUAGCAACUGCAACAUCGCGUGGUUGUCACCUCAAGAUACUGAUAUCUGGACAAAGGGAUGGACGGCUUGAGCCAUUGUUAUCAUCUCAUCCACAGAUCCGACUCGACGGGGCUGAUUCUCAUAUGGAUGAUAUUAAAGAGUACUGCAAGAGCCAGGCUGCCACAAUUCGUGCCAGGUUCUCACUUACGUCUCAAGAAGAAGAGGGUUUGAUUGCCAAAGUUGCAGGGGUUUCUCAAGGUAUGUUCUUGUAUGCAAGGGUUGUCCUUGAAAACCUUGCGUCAAUGGACUCAAUACAAGAGUAUGAAGAUGAGAUAGAAGCAGAGAGAUUCCCGGAGGACUUAUACCAUGCCUUUGAGCGGGUUGUCCAUCGCGUGAUGAAAACGAAUGGCCCAUCACGUGAAAGGACAGUCAAGAAAAUUCUAGGCUGGGUCGUAUGCUCGGCACGUCCUCUACGAUGGCGCGAAGUACAGUCAAGAUUCUGUAUCAAUGCAGAAAAAGGGACUUGUAAUGUUCGCAAUAUCCGCCGAGACGGCUGCAAGACCAUAUGUAGCUCACUUGUCGAUAUUACAAAUUGCGAGCUGUUUGGGACUCUGGAGUCUGAGCAGACAGUUCAUAUGGUUCAUAAAACAGCUACCGAAUACCUGAUCCAUACUGGAACCAUCAGCCUCUUACAGGAACACGUCGGCAUGGCGCUCUUUUGCUCCCGCUAUCUCUCCUCUCAGCCAUUCAUCAUAGGCGCGGACUAUCCUGAUAUGCACAGUGUUAUCCAGACGGGUUACUUUGGAUUCAUGGACUAUGCUGCUGUUCACUUCAAUUCCCAUUUCCAGGCUAUCAAAUCAUUGCAUGAAAAACUGCCCUCAGGUUCAGAAUCAAAGAUGGCGGUCGAGGAAGCUAUCAGGGAUCUGGCCCGAUCACAUAGUGGCGACUUCAACGACGCGUUGGCCGAAUCACCCUCCACAGACUACCAUCUGGAAACAAGCAGUCAAAGCUCAGGUCUGUCUGUUCAACAAAGCGUGACUGUCAUUCGAGAGACUAUGCUCGCGCGGCGGAGUGACCUAUCUCCGGACGCCCAGUUUACGAGCCUUGAGGGUCCCAUAAGAUUCAAGUGUCCCAGAAUCCAGUGCUCCAAGUUUGCUAUCGGCUUCGUGGAACAGGGUGCUUAUGAUGAGCACUUAGAAGCACAUGAUCGGCCAUUCAGAUGCAACGACCCUGAUUGUUUUGCUUAUGUGAUCGGUUAUGCAUCCCAGAAACAGUUAAAAGAUCACUAUGAGAAUUUUCACAGCGAAAGUUCCCAAUCAAAGUUCUCGUUUCCCAACGUCAAAGGGGCAGGGGGGUGGGAUAUUGUUGAAGCUUGCAAAGCUGGUAAUCUUGAUGAGGUCAAACGGUUUCAUCAAGCUGGCGUUGAUCUCAGCAAGGCUAUUCCGAAAAAGACGAAGCCACUAUCUGCUGCCGUCAUUGCUGGACGUUUUCAGAUAAGUGAAUACCUCGUCAGCAAUGGAGUCGAUCCAUACAGACAAGCUCACCGUGUUUCUAUCGGCUCGUCACCAGCUAGUCUAUCGAUUCGACACAGGAAAUUACAAAUCUUGGAGCUUUUUCUAAGAAGGAAUUGUGACGCGACGUAUCUUCCACGUUUAAUCGCGGUAGCUAUCAGUGCAGAUUUCUCUUGUGGCUUGGAUUUGUUGAUGACAUUUAUACAGCCUGAAGAACAUUUCAAAACUGUUUCCGAGGUCCUCUCGGCAUUAUCGGCUUACAACUCUUCGCGUGACCGGGUGAUUGGUCAAGAGCAACAAAAACACUCAUUCGAUGCUACAACGAUACACGCGUGGCUUGAACGGGUAUUUCCAAAGCUCUACCACGACACUAACGCCCUCACUGAUGUGUGCGGAAUAAAUCUGCGCCACGAUUUGAAAGAGUAUCAGACAGCUAAGGAAGCUAUUCUGAAGAAGGAGGGACUUCGUCAAGAAAUAUUAAAAGGAGCUUGUCAUCCGCUGAAAAUGUUUAUGAUUGAUUUUGUGAACAAAGAUGACUUGCAGGUCAAGGACAAACUUGGAGCCACUCCACUACAUCUUCUCUUAGAAGGUGCCAGACGUGAACACUUUGACACUACCAAGCCAUGCCAAAUCUGUGUCGCUUUGGUUCAGCGCAUGGUUCAAAUCGACGAUGGCUUAUCUGCAAAUAUCCCUGAUGAUGCUGGGCAGCUACCAGCACAUAGAGCGAUGGACUUUGGCGUUGCACCAGGGGCUUUGGAAACUCUGCUCCCAUUCAUGAAGGACCUCAACCACAAGGACAACAAUGGGGAGAGUUUGUUACAUCAUACCAACUCUAGCACGGACCAUUUCCGAGCCCUGCUGGAACACGACAGAAUAGACUUUUUCAUUAGAAACAGUAAAGGUCAAACCGCAUUCUCAGCUAAGAUCGGGUCAUACGGUCGAGAUGCUGUGGGUAUACUCAAGUAUCUGGUCAAGGCAGACAAAAGACUGGCGUGGACAGCGGACGAAAACAGAGACGGCCGGACUCCCCUUCAUUAUGCCAUGGAAAUUCUUGAGCGCGAGACGAGCCUUGAAAACAAAGUUAUCAUGGAGAGAAAAAUCAAAAAUGCGGCAUUCUUACUCCAGCUGCCUGAGGUUGAAAAGAUUCUCCAAGCGUAUUUGGCCUGCCCAUCUUCCACCUAUCCCCAGAAGGUACAACAAUUUGCGCAGGAUCAAAAUCUGGAUAAGGCCUUGGAAGUAAUGGAUCGAAUUGGAUUUUAG